AGCCAAUCAGAGGAGCGCUUAGUGGUCGCGAGCAGCAACGGACAAGCGCUUCAACAGAACACACACACACACACACACACACACACGCACGCACACACAGCAGGCAUCAAAGUGUUGCUGCUGUAAUGAUGAAUCUGGGUGAUGGUCUGCUGUUUCAAUUGGAGAAUGGCAAACCCAGGCUUGUGCUGGCGAAAUAUGGUGCUCAAUCCAAGACGUCUCAUAAGAAAGCUUCUGGUCGGAAUCCUCCUCGGAAAAAAACAAUCCAGUUAAUCAACCCUAAACCCGGCCCAUGUCAUCCAGACAGAGAUGAACCUGGGCGGAAGCACAAAGAUGCACCAGCUGCUGGUUCAACAGGGAAUUGUAUGGAGCGUCCCAGAAUACCGAAUGCCAGGCGCAGGAUGGACACCAUGUCCAGCGAGGCUGCAAGAGUCCAGUCAGAGAUCGACAGGAGCAUUGUCACGCCGCAGAACGAGAGCGUGGUGUGUUUGACACAAGAGCAGUUCCAGCAAAUCCUGAGCUCCAUCAACAGUAGAUCUGCUGAAAACACACACUCAGAAGCGGUGGUCAGCUCAGAAGAAAACUGUGCUGGAAAGACCGGAGCAGAGGAGCCGUUUGUCCUGGAGGGCUGUGACUAUAAGCACCGAGCGUCAGAGGAAAAGCCAGACAAACUGAUUCUGUCAGAUGGCCAGCAGUCUGGGUUGUUCAGCACAUUUGGAGAAAGAGAAAGAGAGAGAGAGAAACUGGAGGCCAAGAAAGCUCAGUGGAGAAGAGAACUGGAUGAGCAGAUGGCCCUAAAGAGGCAACAAAAAGCCAGACUCAGAGAGAAGACUGCUCCGAAUCAAGCAUGUGAAGUUAGGCUUAAAGACCUCUCUGACUCCACUGCUGCUGCAACAGAACGGUUAAAGCCCAGAGCUCCUCCUCAGAUGCAGAGAGAGCUUCCCGCUGCCAUCCGCUCUGCCUUUAUAGUGGGGGAAGCCGCGCCUGUGGAGGACAUGUUCAACACUCAGAGAGAGGAGCAGCAGAGACGCUGGUUACAGGAGCUGGACCAGCAAAUACAAGAGGCCAAACUACGCCGCAAGCAUGACAAGCAAAUCAACAGCCAGGUGGAGGACAUCGAGCUUUGGGCCGCUCAUUUUGACUCUCUACAACAGCCGUUGACUGUGGCUCCUAAACCAGAGGUACCUGACAGCAGUCUGUCUCAUCAUCCAUCUGUGUCUGGGUCUCUGUGCACAGCAUGGGAGGGCAUGAGCGCGUGUGGAGCGGACAGUCUGGGAAGGGCCAGCGUUGACACUGCUCAGGGAAACAAACAGAGGUCCAGUUACCUUCGCACAAUGACCGCCCUGCUGGACCCUGCUCAGAUCGAGGAACGAGAGCGUCGGAGACUCAAGCAGCUUGAACACCAGCAAGCCAUUGAGGCUCAAGUAGAGGAACGCCGACGUCAGAAAGAGAAAGAGGAGGCACGACGACGAGCACAGGAACAAGAAGAGGAGCGGAGAGUUGAAAGAGAGCAAGAGCGACUGCAGCAGCAGUAUAUGAAAGACACCGAGCGACAAAGACACAAAGAGAGAAGCCGGCGCUGACCCUUAUGAGCCUAACGCACGCACCGGCAGAAACCACAAACCUGAAAAAAAAGCCCGAGUGGAACACAAAGAGACCCAGUAAAGCAUUCGUCCCGGCGUCUGAGAGAUAUCCCAAAGCCCUACAGAGACACCGACAGGAGAGCCGGAGACAGAGGCAGAUCGAGCUCAUGGCACUGGUGGAGAGAAGCGCACCUCAGCCAGAGCCGGUUCAUAACCACAAACCUCAAGCACAAAGACACCGACAACCACCACAGCUACAG